GAAGAAAUGAAGUCGAGAAGUGUUAUUACUAUUAAUAUUUAUUACCUAGCCUUUUUUUUUAAAUCCUGCAGGCCAUGAAAUACAACCAUGCGUAUAAUUGGUGGAGAAGUGUUGCAUCGUUGAAAUCUUUCAAUUAUGAACCGUUCAAUUUCUCAGUCCAAUUGACGCGGCAACUCGGUAAGAAAAGAGUUUCUGAGAUUUCUUUCCAGAACGAGAGACAUGGUCGGUUUUUAAUUCGAGGCGCAACCAACUAUUACCUAAAGCACGCGCUGCCAAUGGCAAUCACACUACACGCUUUUCUUCCUCAUCACAAAGAAAACUACAUAUGAGGCCUUUCUCAAGUCAAGCCUUGAAUUUAUCCAGCCGUACGAUGGGCACAGAGAAUGACACUCGCAUCCACAGGGCAUUCAUUGCCCUGGGGAGCAACAUGGGAGACCGUAUCGGUAUGGUUGAGAGAGCCUGUCUUGAGAUGGAAAGGGCAGGUAUCAAAGUCAAGAGGACGAGUUCUCUUUUCGAGACGGCUCCUAUGUAUGUUCUUGAUCAGGACCCUUUUAUCAACGGGGUGUGCGAGGUGCAAACUACUUUAACGCCCAUUGAGCUGCUGGAUGUUCUGCAAUCCAUCGAGAAUGGACUUGGGAGGAAGAAGAUUAUUGACAAGGGGCCACGGUCUAUUGACCUUGAUAUUCUUCUGUACGAUCAAGAAAUCGUCAAUCAUGAACGGCUUCAUAUUCCGCAUAAGCUGAUGCUGGAACGAGAUUUCGUGCUGCGGCCUCUUUGCCAAUUAAUCCCUCAUGAACAAUUUCCCAUCCCAGGAAAAAAAGCAGAGACGUUCCUCUCCCACCUCAACUCCCUCCCAGCACCCCCUUCUGCUCCCUUUUCCACAACCCAGAUUUCCUCCACCUUUCCAACCCUACACCCAACAGACCCGGGGCGCCCAACCCACAUAAUGGCCAUCCUCAACCUAACCCCAGACUCCUUCUCAGAUGGCGGCCUUCACCCCCCAACAGACCUAACAGCCUUAACAAACACAGUCCGCUCCUUCAUCGCAUCCGGCGCAACAAUAAUUGACAUAGGCGGCGAAAGCACCCGUCCAGGCUCAGCACCAGUCGGCGAGGCCGAAGAACUCUCCCGCGUUAUCCCAGCAAUCAAACACAUCCGCACCUCUAUCCCCGAAGCAGAUAACAUAGCCAUCAGCAUCGAUACGUACCGCGCCCGCGUCGCAGAGGAAGCCUGUGCCGCCGGUGCGGAUAUCAUCAAUGACGUUUCCUCGGGUCUGAUGGACCCGGAUAUGCUCCCUACCAUGGCGAGAACGGGUAAAUCUGUUAUCCUGAUGCACAUGCGCGGAACACCCACCACCAUGACAAAAUUGACCCAUUACCCCGACGGAGUUGUAAACGGUGUUGCUGCUGAACUGCGCGAUCGUAUUCGUGCCGCCGAAGACGCCGGGAUUCGUCGCUGGCGCAUUAUCCUCGAUCCGGGACUGGGAUUCGCGAAGAAUCAGUUGCAGGAUCUCACGCUGCUUCGGGAUUUGGGUCGGUUGCGUUGCGCGGAGGGUCUGGAAUACUUUCCCUGGCUUAUGGGGCCUAGUCGAAAGAGGUUCAUUGGUCGUAUCACGGGCGUUGAGAAGGCGAGUGAGCGGGUCUGGGGGACGGCCGCGACGGUGUCAGCUAGUGUUGCUGGGGGUGCGGAUAUCGUACGUGUUCACGAUGUCAAGGAGAUGUGGCAGGUUGCUAGGGUUGCAGAUGCUAUUUAUCGGGUUGAAAGUCUUGAGAAGGUGAAGAAGAGAGGAAGUGAAAUACAAGGCAAGGCAAGAACAUAA